ACUUUGCCAAGGCUCUAUGCUCACCAUGGAAAAACGUUGUUUCUUCCUUGCAUUUAGUCUUGUAGCUGCUGCAUUACCUCUUCUACAGGCAUGUCCCCCAGACUGCCACUGCCAUGGUGGGACUCUACAACAUGUGAUUUGUUACGGUACUGGGCUGAAGAAGCUUCCCAAGGUGUCUGAGCAAACUCGCCUUCUAAAUCUGCAGUACAACAAUUUUCCUGUGUUGGCUCCCAACUCCUUCAGAGAAAUGAAAGGUUUGGUCUCUCUUCAUUUGCAGCAUUGUCACAUUCAAGAGGUUGCAAAUGGAGCGUUCCGUGGUCUCAAGAAAUUAGUUUACCUUUACCUGUCACACAACGAAAUUAGUGUGCUGAGCUCAAGCGCUUUUGAUGAUUUGUCUGAGCUCACGUAUUUGUACAUGGAUCACAAUAAGAUCAUGGACUUGCCCAAAGGUCUUUUUUCACCACUCUUUAACCUCUUCAUCCUUCAGCUCAGCAACAAUAGGAUCCGUGAGAUCAAAUCAAAGUCUUUCACCGGAGCAAAAGAUCUGCGUUGGCUAUACCUGUCUAAUAAUGCGAUCUCUGUACUUCAGCCUAGUUCUCUGGAUGAUGUAGAGAACCUAGCCAUUUUCCAUCUUGAUGGAAACAAUCUUAACUACUACCCGCUAGCUGCACUUGGCAAACUGAGAGUAGUAGAGGACCUGAAGCUUUCACAAAACCCUAUUAAAAUCAUCCCUGAUUUAGCAUUUCAGUCUUUUGGCCGGUAUAUGGAGUCCCUUUCUUUGGACCAUAUGGGUAUCGAAAAAUUUUCAGACAAAGCAUUUCUUGGAGUUACAGCACUAAAGAACCUUGACAUCAGAGGGAACAAGCUAAGCCAAUUGCCUGCAAGUUUCCGAUUUUCAGCACUGCAGAAUAUGACAUUGUCCGAAAAUCCCUGGCAUUGCUCUUGUAAAUUGGCAGCUUUGAGAAGGUGGAUGGAUGGUAAUCCUUUGCGUCCUGAUGCCACUUGUGCCAGUCCGACACAGUACAGAGGGCAACAGCUAAAAGACACCAAUGCUUUCCAAGCAUGUAAACAACAAGCAAAAAAGCUACCCAAGGGAGAACGUCAUUAAAGAGGUGAAAUAACUGAGAUGGGGGAGCCACAACUAGGACAAAUACACAAACAUAGGCCUCAGCAUACACAGAAUAUUAACAGUAACAAAUAAAAAAGAUACUGCAUUAGCUCGGCUGGAAUUUAUAAGAACCGCAAAAUGAUGACAUGAGCUGAAAAGAAAAAAAAACUUGGGGUUCAGUAUGUUGAUCAGUAAUCAUUUAACUUCUAGGACCUGUAAAAACCUCCUAAAAUAACAGAAUACUUGGAGCAAUUUGAGGAGGAAUGCAUUAUAUUAUAUGGCCAUCUAAUGUUUAUUCACCUGUUGACCAACCUUGUUUGUAAAUAUACUGUGUAAACAAACAUUUACAUACAUAUUCACAGAUUCUAUAAGAAUACACAUAAAGAACAUAAUAUAAAACACUACCAUUCAGAGAUCACAUAGGAUUACAAACUAUUUAAACAUUACUUGGUGAUAAUUGUGGCCCUGAAUGUGUGUUCUUGAGCAUUUUUAACUUUGCUUUGUAUUAAAACUUUUUUCAAGUAGCCAGGUACAACAAUAUUGCAUAUUCUCUUGUCAAAAUGUGUGCUCUUACAGUGGAGAGAUGGCUGCUUUUUAUCAUAGGGCAAGCCUAGCCAGAUGGUCCAAUAAUAUAGUGGUGUCUAAAACAUAUAUGGCAGACACCAUGCUCAGUGUACACUGCCCAAUACUGUACAACACAAAUUCAAGAAAAAUUACUGCAUGAAGGUCUGCAAGGAGCACAGAAAGGAUUCAGUCAUGGCUAGUUAUUCUAAAAAUAGAAAUGAUUAAAAAAGUAAAGUGCAUGCACUGAACAGAGAAUGAAAUAAACUAUUUUUUUAAAUUAAGUUAUAAGAACAUGAGUGAUAUGUAAAAUGAACCACAUUUUUAUAAAAGCAUUAAGAAAAGAAAUAAUAGGGGGACGCAAAUAUACCUCUAUUAAAUUCCCACUCAGACCAAUAGGUCUGUCAGCAAUCAUAAUUUAACCCCUUGAGGCCCAAACUGCCCCCCCCUUUUUGUACCCUUCGUGACCAAGGCUGUAAUUUUCUUCUCUCUCAUUUUAGUGUACCCACACAACUUAUAUAUUGGAUUUUUUCUAAGCGUGAGAAGGGCUUUCGUUAUAUACCAUUAUUUUGAUCAUAUCGUCUAAUUUACUAUAAGAAAAAUAAUAAAAUAUGGUGAAAAACUAAAAAA